AAUUUCUCUUCUUCCUUUCUUUUUUCCAUGUAAUUAAUUAUUUAUUCUUUUUGUUUUCUCUGCUUCUCUUUGGUAGUCUUUCUUUACUCUCUCUUCUUUCUGCACAGCAGUGUUUUCUUCGAUUUGUUGAUCUGCUCUAUGGUCCGAUCUUUCUCGUUAAUGGGCACAGAGGAUCCUAGAGAGUUAAGCUCGAGGGAGAGGAAGAGCUGAAAGAGUGGAUUUUGGUGGGAAUUUUCAGUUGGGGGGUGUGUGUGUGUGAGGGAGUGAAGAUGGAGGGGAGGAUUUCCUAGGAGGGUUUGUGUUGAAGUUUGUUUCUUUGAAUUGGGAUUUUGUAGGUUUGGUUCGAUUUGGUCGGAUUUGAUAUGGAUGGGUGUUUUCCUUGUUUGCGAUCAUCGAACAAGGACGGUAGUGGUAGUGGAGGAGCUGUGAAGGAAGUGAGCAAUAAGGAUUCAGCUAAAGAUGGCUCAGUGACUCAGCCUCACCAUCUCAACGGAGUUAGUUCAGACAAAUCAAAAUCUCGAAGCAGCUCGGAUCCUAAGAAAGAACCUGCACUUCCCAAAGAACCAACAGCACAUAUUGCUGCACAAACAUUUACAUUUCGAGAGCUUGCUGCAGCAACUAAGAACUUUAGGCCAGAAUGCCUAUUAGGUGAAGGUGGAUUUGGACGUGUUUACAAGGGUCGCUUGGAGAGUACAGGACAAGUAAGCUGUGCCUGUGACUGUGAAUGCUUGAAAUAGAUUUCAGUGAUACUGAAUUUUUAUGCACAUCUAUGUUGUCUGCUACAUGUAGGAUCUUUCUGAUAUUAAAAUUUUCUGCAUUGU